AUGGAAGAUUCACUGCACUGUAUUGUACGCAUACUUAGAUCAGAAAUGGAACGUUUUAUGCGCAAUAUGGGUCUUGGACAAUUGCCUCGAGAUUUGCAAGGAGGCGGAGCGCCAGCUGACGCUCCUAUGGUCGAUACAGCUGAACAAGUGUAUAUAUCGUCUCUAUCGCUUUUAAAAAUGCUUAAACAUGGUCGAGCUGGUGUUCCCAUGGAAGUCAUGGGACUAAUGUUAGGCGAAUUCGUUGAUGAUUAUACCGUGCGCGUUAUUGAUGUAUUUGCAAUGCCACAAUCAGGUACCGGUGUUAGUGUCGAAGCAGUCGAUCCUGUCUUUCAAGCUAAAAUGUUGGAUAUGCUGAAGCAAACAGGUCGUCCAGAAAUGGUCGUAGGCUGGUAUCAUUCUCAUCCAGGUUUUGGUUGUUGGUUAUCUGGUGUCGAUAUAAACACUCAACAGAGUUUCGAAGCUUUGACUGAACGUACAGUGGCUGUUGUCGUCGAUCCAGUGCAAAGUGUAAAAGGAAAAGUUGUCAUAGAUGCUUUUCGUCUGAUAAAUCCCAAUCUAUUCGUUCUCGGACAAGAAGCUCGACAAACAACGUCGAAUCUUGGUCAUUUAACAAAACCAUCAAUUCAAGCAUUGAUUCACGGCCUUAAUCGUCACUAUUAUUCCAUCUGUAUUAAUUAUCGUAAAAAUGAAUUAGAACAAAAGAUGCUGUUAAAUCUGCACAAGAAAUCUUGGAUAGACGGUCUAACCAUACAAGAUUUCAAUCAACACAGCGAACAAAACACGACUGUUGUGAAACAAAUGCUUGAUCUGUCGAAGAACUAUAUCAAAUCUUUAGAAGAAGAAGAGAAAAUGACACCGGAGCAAUUAGCAAUAAGAAAUGUUGGCAAACAAGAUCCAAAACGGCAUCUAGAGGAGAACGUUGACGCAUUAAUGACAACAAAUAUAGUUCAAUGCCUUGUUGCAAUGAUGUCAUUAGUUGUUUUCAAAUAG